UCUGUGGUCCAUUCCAUGGCCACAAACUACUAAAGUACUAAUCCAUGGCUGUCUUUGUCAAUAGAAUGUGUAAUUUUGUUGUUAUGCAAAAAAUUACUAAAUAUUGCGUUGCUUCGAUAAAAUGGACUUUCCAGCAACUCCCUCUAAUGCCUCUGACAGUAAUGAAUAUCCAGGAGCUGUAGUUUCGCCUUUCGAUAGCCUCCAAGACCAUACUAAAAGACGAAGUUCGUCAAGAUCAAUAAAGCGGCGACGUUUUGAUGACGAACUUGUAGAAUAUAGUGGGUUGCCGGGCGCAUCCAUGGGCAAGGGUGACAAACGAAUGAGAACAUUAUCAUAUACUACACAAUUGCCGGAAUUUCCAGUCGUUUCUAGUGCUCCUUCGACUCCAGUAGUACCGUCACAAGAGCGCCGCCGGUCUAGUAAGCUGUCUGUCGGAGGUAGUUUAGGGCGAAAGUCACGCCGCAAGGGGCAGCUUAGUCAUUUGUCUACUAAAGACUUGGGGAGAUGGAAGCCUACGGAUGAUCUUGCUUUGAUACUGGGAGUACAACAGACUAAUGAUCUCAGAAUUGUUCAUCGAGGUGUCAAAUUCUCAUGCCGGUUCACAAUAGGUGAGCUGCAAUCUCGUUGGUAUGCACUGCUGUACAAUCCUGAUAUAUCCCGGGUGGCCAUUGCAGCGAUGCGUAAUCUUCAUCCAGAUUUAGUGGCUGCAGUUCAACAACAAGCUUUGUAUUCAACAGCUGAAGAACAAUUAUUAGGAACUUUUACUAGUACAUCGCACCCAGCCCCAGAGAAAUUUCAAGAGCUAUUAGAGCAGAACCCACAUGUCUUCUACUCAUCACGCACGGCUAAGUCUUUGAUGGCUCAUUGGCAAUUGUUGAAACAGUACCAACUUUUACCUGACCAGACUGUCCAGCCCCUGCCUAAAGGUACAGGACAAACAGAAAAUGUUCUGACGUUCUCUGACGCAGAAGAAACAAUCAAUGACUCUGAACUUCCAGACUUUAAAGAAGAUGGCAUUGAUGUGGAAAUGCAUUUGGCUGACAGGAUAGAGAAAAAAGACAUCCGCUUACUUGAAAAUUCUCUAUCGCGAUGGCAAGUGUUGGUGCAGUCUGUGGCUGGCGGUAACGUAGAAUUAGACAAGAACACUCUUGCUGUACUGCGUGGACGACUAGUACGAUAUCUCAUGCGGUCUAGAGAGAUCGCUGUUGGUCGUAGUACGCGCGACCACACAAUCGAUGUGGACCUGAGCCUGGAAGGUCCCGCCGUCAAAGUGUCCAGGAAGCAGGCUACGAUCCGUCUGCGGAACACCGGGGACUUCUUUAUGUCCUCGGAAGGGAAGCGGCCGAUAUUCGUCGACGGUCGACCUGUGCUGCAAGGCAACAAGGUCAAGCUCAACCACAAUAGUGUCAUUGAGAUUGCCGGUCUACGUUUCGUGUUCCUUAUUAACCAAGACUUGAUAAGUGCCAUUCGGCAAGAAGCUGUAAAAGUGACUAUUCCGGUUUAAAAGAAACGAAUAAUUUGGAAAGAGAAAUAAAUACAUUUGUGUAACAAA